CGACGCUUCGUCAAAUAGAACGGAUGUGAAUCUCGAAGUCCGCGUGCUUUUUGUUGUUGUUGUUGUCAUAUCGUCGUCGUAGUCGUCGUUAGGUCGUAAUCGUCGUCGACGACAUCGUCACACCGUUAGGCAGCCACCGUCAUCAACACCGUUGUUGUGUUGUGUGUCGUUUUGUUUCUUCAUUUUAUUGUUCAUAUUGUCCUGUUCCUGACUCUUGAUCGCUUUCAGUUUCAUACACAUCCAUUUAAUGUCUCUCAGUGUUUUGUUCCGAUUUUUUUUUCGUUCCGUUUAUGUUUUAUGUCUCGGUUCGUUUGUUUGCCAUUCCGGACACGAUAAAAUUCGUCCGAAUUCGUUAAUUUGAAAUUUUGAAAUAUCAAAUGAAAAACCGUAUGAAAAGAGAAGAGAAAAACAACGGGCACACACACACAAACAAACAAACAAACGCCAGCAGAAGAAUUCAUCAAAGACAACGAGAAUAAAAUAUCAAAAUGAACAUAUAACUAAUAAGAACUUACGACUUAUCAAGUAAUUGGAUCAAUUCGAUCACAUGAUUUACUGUAUUCAGUCAUAAUCAACGACCAAGUCUAACGGUCUCUAACCGAAAUAAUAAAAAAGAAAAAGAGCAACAAAACUAAAACCAAAUACGAAAAACAGAUAUGCGAAACGAAAGAUAGAGCAGGAGAACGACGAGCGCGCGAUAUAUAGACGAGAAUAGAUAAAGACAGAGAGAACGAGCGAGAGAGAGAGAGAGAGAAACCGCACGCAAUCGACAAUCGGCAAUAAACAUUUUUACAUGACUUAUAAAAAUGUGCAUUAAUUUCAUUACCGACAUUCAUUCAAACUGUUGGCUCGAAUAAGCAUAAUUUUAUAUUAGUUCAUUUUGUUGCUGUUCAAGAAAGUUGGAAUUUGAAUACACGCUCGAGUAUCCAGUCAGUGUAUGAUGUGUGGCGCAAUUAGCAUCAAAUGUAAAAUAAAAUCUAAAGAAUUAUAUUGACGAGAUAUAAAGAAGAAGAAGAAGAAAAAGGCGAGUGAGCAAGAGCGAAAAACACGUAUUCAUAAACCGUAAUUAUUAUAUAGACAAAUUACAGGCUAAAUAAGUGAACAGGACCGAUGUGUAUUAGUGAUUGACACAAAUGAACUUAUAAAAUUUUCAUGUUUGAAUUUGAAUGAAAAAAAAAAACAAAUCGUUGGUGCAUUUGAUUUUUAAUCCGGGACAUUAUUUGAUAAUUUAAACGUACGAUUCAAUAAAAUAAAAAAUAAAUGCCGAUUUAAAGUCAGUUCGAAGAAGAAAGAGCAUUGAAUAAAACCAGAAAAUGAACACUUGAAGAAACAAAACAGAAUAUAAGAAGAAAAUCAUUUAAAAAGAAGAAAGAAGAGUAUUUUAUUACAUAAUAAACAAGCCAUUUGUCGAAUCAGUGAAGAGACGAAAUACAAUCUGUCAAACAAACGGAGAGUAUCUCGAGCAUAAUAGUCGUCGACGAGAAGAGAUUAAAAAAAAACACAUUGUGUCAACUAAAUAAAAGACCAAAUGCCAAUAAACCAUACAUAUGUGUAUGCAGUUAUAAGAACAGUGUAAACACGCGCGCAUUCAUAAACAGUGACAACCAUCAUUCAAAAUAUAAAAACCAACUAACAAGUUUGAGAAGAAGUAAAAUCGAAGACACAACUUUGACAUUUUGAUCGAAAAAACGAUCAUUUCAUCAAGAGAGAAAAAAAAAACCGAAAAUUGUUUGAUAGUGUACAGUGUACACGGAUUUUUUUCUCCCCCGAAUCAAAAAGUCACCAAAACUUGUGUUAAUUCGAUCGUAAAUAUUUAUAUGUUGUGGAUAAGAAAAUUGACAUUUACAUUUUGAGUGCCGCCAAAACCGCCACUUCAGUGAACCACCGAACGAGAAUCAGACAAAAAAAAAACCCGGCGCCAUUCUGACGUAAUCAACCAAAGGCAUUGAAGGCGAGAUCAAAUCAGGAUGAGAGUCUGAUAUGGCUGAAGGUAUUGAAGAAGCCGAAACGAAUAGCAGUUCAGGUGCUGGUGAUGCAACAACGAGUAUGCUUAGCGCAGCAAUGCCAUGCGAAGUACAUGAAUUUGACACGUAUCAUCAUCAGGCUAUCAAACGAUCCGUCUCGACCUCACCAACCCCAAAAAUAAUGCCACUCAUGCAGCAAAGCAUCGUACGUAAAGUGCAUGAGCAAUCGGUUGCUGCUGCCGCCGCCGCCGCCGCUGUUGAUUUUGAGCCAAUGUCGCAGUACUUACAAUCGCAUCGUUUGCAUCAGCACCAACAACGAAAAUCGAUCGCAACCAAACGUAAACUAUCCACGGACGAUGCCGAUGUGGACAGCCCAAAUCCACAUCAAACAUCAUCACAGCACGACGACGACGACGAUGAUGACGACGAUCAACUGUCGCAAUCGUCAUGCUCUUCAUUAGCACCGGUGUCGCCGUCGUUAAGAAAACUCAAAUCAGAGGUCUCUGGCCAUGGUUAUGUAAAAUGUGAGAGUUUAUCACCGAUGCAAAUAUUAGACAGUGAACAGGAUCCACAUCUUCGAAUGGAUGAGCAAGCCAAAGUGGCUAGCAAUUCGUCGGAGGGAAAAUGCAUCGAACAAACCACCGACGAUGAUAUCAUUCACGAUGAUGCCGAGCCCAAUAUUCUUGAACAGUCACAGGAUGUGGCAAACCUUUUGAAUAGUCAAAAUGCUUUGGCGGCUGCAGCAGCAGCAGCAGCUGUGGCUGCCAAUUCGGCAUCAGCCGAUCGCUUAACGCCGGAAAUGAAAGAUGCUCGUCUCAAACUAUCAUCGGCUGCCGUUGCCCAUAUUAAUGGAACUAUGCAAAAGAUGUUGAAUUUUCAAAAUUUACAAAAUUUGGCAUCGUUGCAACAACAAAAGCUGUCAUUUGUUGGAUUGGCCGGAUUGUCAUCAGCAUCGACGUGCUUGAAUUCACCACUCAAUCUCAGCUUAAGCUCAUCGUCUCACACCGAUCCAAGUCAAAUGAACACCAACUGCAGCACAUCAAUAGCUUCCGAGCUGGCGAAAAAUCUAUGCGGCGCAUCAGCUGACAACUAUUCACCACAAAUGCCUCAGCUUAUUUUGGCAUCGGGUGGUCAAUUGAUGCAAGGUGUGCAAGUGGCACAGCUUUUGAUACCAUCACCAUCAGGCAUUUCAACGCAAACGAUUUUAACGAUACCGGUGAGUCAGCAAGUGAGCUCAAAUGAGCAAUUGGCUCAAACUUUGGCUGCCUUAAAUAACUGCCCAACAAAUCAACAAGUGCAUCAGCAUCAGAAGCAGCAACAGCAGCAACAGCAGCAACAGCAACAACAAUCGUCUCAUCAAAUGCCAAAUCUACUGGGUUCGCCCACAUUACUUGCUCAACAGUCACAACAGCCACAGAAAACCCAACAAGGUCCGUUGAAUACAAACCUCUUUUCAUCCGGUGUGCAAGAAUUAUUGGCCGCUAUCCAACCGAAUCUCUUCGAUUUGCGUGAACAACAGACCAGCCAUCAUCGACGCCAUUCAAUGUCAACCAACAGUCCCAGUCCAAAUUAUUUGCAAACAUGUGCCAAUGACACCACUAAUAUUCGGGCUCAUACACCGAAACACAGUCCUAUUCGGAAUUCACACUUUGAAAAUCGAGAGGUAUCAACCAAUCAGUCUUCAGCAUCAACCGUUGUGUCGGGUGGCAGCAGUACAUCGCAACAUCAACACCAAAUUAUGCCAGCUACAUCACCUUUAUCGCAAUUCGCAACAAAUGGCGACGUACAAAAACUCAGAACGACAACAUCACCUCAUAACCUUUCGAAUCAACAAACUCAGCAGCGAGAAGGCAACGACGUCCCCAUAGCAUUUAGUAGUAACGAUAACAACAACAACAACAAUAAUAAUAACAACAGCGAUAGGUCCAUUGCAAGCAAUAGUUUAGUUAUUGGCAGUUGCAGCAGUACUACGAGCUCAGGAAAUAGUAUUAGUCACCAUCGUGAACAUUCACCAAAUAUUGCCAUUAACAGCAUAAAUAGAUUAACAACAUCGAAUGGUGAGUUGACAAUAACAAAAUCACAAGGAUUGCCGCCCCCGCCACAGCCUUCAUCCAAUUCGACAAGUUCGUCGAAAAGUGCACAUUCCCAUUCGCAUCACCAUCAAUCGCAUCGUAUCCUGUCGUCACAUCACAAAAACCAUCAUUCGCACCAUCAAUCGUCAUCGACGGUGACAACACCACCAACGGUCACUGAAACACCAGACGAUGAAUCGCCGAAUGAACCAACAAUCAAUCAAACCAAUUGCAACGUAGUCGACGGAAUUGAUUUAGAUGAAAUUAAAGAGUUUGCCAAAGCAUUUAAAUUACGACGUUUGUCAUUAGGUUUAACACAAACACAAGUCGGCCAAGCAUUAUCAGUUACCGAGGGUCCGGCCUAUAGCCAAAGUGCCAUAUGCAGUGCUCUGGCCGCACAGAUGUAUGCAGCUCAACUUUCAUCGCAGCAACAGCAGAAUAUGUUUGAAAAACUGGAUAUUACUCCGAAAAGUGCUCAAAAAAUCAAACCUGUCUUAGAGCGAUGGAUGAAAGAAGCCGAAGAAAGGCACUGGAAUCAUUAUAAGAGUGGUCAAAGCCAUUUGACUGACUUCAUUGGAGUGGAGCCAUCGAAAAAACGGAAACGUCGUACGUCAUUCACACCACAAGCUCUGGAAUUACUUAAUGCUCACUUUGAACGAAAUACCCAUCCAUCAGGGACGGAAAUCACCGGUCUCGCACAUCAAUUAGGCUACGAACGUGAAGUGAUACGAAUUUGGUUCUGUAAUAAACGUCAAGCGCUAAAAAAUACCGUACGAAUGAUGUCCAAAGGAAUGGUCUAAUGCAAUCCAGCCGAAGUGCAAAUGAGAUUCAACCGAAUAGAAACAAAAUAGGCCGCAAUAAAUUCAGUCGAAAAGAAGAUAAACCAAGGCCACACAGUCCAGCUGAAAAAGAAA